AUGCGUCAAAGUCACCUCUCUGUCAAUACUGACAGCAUCUUCGUCGGCCUUCGUCUAACUCAAAUUUCAAGCAGGAUCAGUGCUCAUUCUUAUGCAGAGAGGACUUCACUGCUUAUGCUGAUGUAUGCUUCAAAGAUAUUUCCACCAAACCAUUGCUCUGCUUCCUUGUCCUCCUUCUAUGAACUCAACUGCAGCAAAGGGAAUUCAUCUGUUAAGCCAUAUGUGGCUGCUCAGAACCUUUUGCUUUGUCAUGCAUCAGCUCAGCCUCCCUGUACAGAAAGAAAUACAAAGAAAUGCCAGGGUUCAAUUCUUGUGCCAAAGCCAAAACAAAGAGGUUGUAUUGGAAUUACCUUAUUUGCUUUCUGGUAUGAGCCAUUCACAGCACUAUCAGAAGAUAAAGCAGCAGCUAAGAGAGCAUUGGAUUUCCUAAUAGGCUGCUCGGUGGCAGGUUCGUUGAUUGUAUGGUCCAUGGAAGGUUCCCCGUCGGUGAAGCGGAAGCUUGUCGUUCCGCUUGUCGGAUCUCGAUUACCAUCCUUCAAAUCAGAAGAGUCAGUUAUGUUGAGAGGAUCUUUUGAUUUCAUUGGACUUGAUCACUAUCAAAUGAUUUUUGUGCAAGCAACAACUAGUAUCCCUGAUGACAAUUUGCGAGAGUGGUACACUGGCAUGUCGGUCAGUUUAUCAUUUCAACAAACAAAAGUUACAAAGCUUCUAUCAUCUUCCACCUACACACGAAUGCCGGAGAAACUGUUUGCUCAUGCCAUGCAAUUCCAGAAAACUAUCUUCAAUGAUUCAUUUGAGCAGUAG